UGUGAGAUGAGUGAAGAAAAGAGAAAAAAAAGAAAAAAAGAAAACUAGGGCAAAUCAGAAGAAACAGAUCGUCGGAAGGCAAAAAAAAAAAAAAAAAUAGCAGUGCAUGUCGUAGAGGACUACAGGACUUUACUUGGAAGCCGUGACGUGCGUCUGGGCUGCAAGAUAAGGGAGGCGCCGUGUGUGCAACCAUGGGUUUGGAAUUGUUAUUCCCAAAGAGAUGUACGGCAAAUAUUCAAUAUUUGUCGGGCCCGGUCACUUCGCCAAGGUGCGGAAGGAUCACAACCGUGUCUCUCUCAACACAGCCCCCCGAUGCGCGGUCGGCGCCUGCAUAUUUGAGCUUUACUAUUCGGGCUGGGGGUCAGGCUGGGACUGGGGGCUGCGCACAAUUCGGAUCUUUUCACGCUCUCGUUGGCUGAACAAAAAAUCUGGGCUUUCGAAUUGCAGUACCCGGGUACAGCCCCUCACGCGUCUGAUCCCAC